AUGUCUUUCCUUCAUGGAGUUCUUGAGAGUGUUAAGGAGGAUGAUAACGUUGCAACAUAUGAUAAUGAUUCACAAAAUAAUAUUACUUCAGUUAUUGAGACUCUUAACAAUAGUGUAGGUAAAGGCCGUCAGGCCUUCGGGAAGGCCGUGACUCAGGUAAGUGAGUGGUUGAAAAAACAUGGUGAGCAGGUGGACACAUUGACUACAGGAGUAUCAUUUGAAUUAGGUAAAUAUGUCGAAGAUGUUUCAAGGCAACGAGACAAGCCACUAGCCGACCAGCUGAGGUCAUGGACCCAGACACUUAGUCAGAUAGAUGCAGACUUAACUAGCCUUCACUCUAAUAAUAUUAGUCAGCUAGAUCCUGUGUUGCGUGAUAAAUUGAUGCAUAAGAUAGAUGCCGUGAAAAGCGCUGUGCAGGUGCUGAAGGGGUCGGCGGAGAGCAAGGAGUUGGAGAAGCAGGUGAGGGAGGUGGAUGAGACAAUUUUCAUGCAGUUCAGUGAGAUUGGUAAGAAAAUUGGUCAGUUAAGAGAGCAAAAGGAUGAGCAGUUUGAACGCAUUAAAAGAACGGUGAGUGCUGCAAAACAAAUUUUGUUGAAGUUGAACGAGGAGUGUAAAGGCGAUAUUAUGUUCCAUUUCGACGCCAUAAAACACAAGCUAGAUGAACUGUAUGGCAUUUUAUCGAGCCAUAAAGUAGAGCUUGGGGCGUUGGUGGAGACUACUCGGAGGGAGUUUGAUUUGUUGAAAGGAUACGUUGGCGAUUACGGAAAAAAGAAGCCUGGUGGCGAUGAUUUGAAUACCAAAUGGAUGCAGCUUAAAGAGAAAGUUAAGGAUUAUGUUAGUAUUAUUAAGGGGGAAGGAAAUUCAGGUUUAGUUCAAAAUAUGAACGGUCUGAACCAGAUAAAGGAUGGCAUAAUUAAUUAUGCGAAAACAUUCGGCAACGAAGAGAAUGUCAAUAAGUUUGUGACGCAGUGGGUGCAGGAAAUUGUGGAUAAGGAUGAAAUUGUGAAGGACAGGUUGAAGAAGUAUGUUAGCAUUAACAAAGUAUCGUUGAACGAUCGUUUUAAUCCGACAUAUAAGGGUGAAACGAAUUCAAAUGAAGCUGUGAAGAAAGCGCUUAAAGAACACCUUCCGGAUUUUAUUGACAGCCUUAUUCAACCUGUAGUGUUGCAAGCCGAAUUUGAAACCGCUGAAGUGAAAAACAUUGCUGAAAAGUUCAGCUCUUUUGCUAUAAUCGUUGAAAGUGAGCUUACUGGUGAUGAAGAUACAGUUAACCUCGAAGUAGAGGGAAUUGAGAUGCAGUUAGGAUUGGACUCUAAAAAGACCGCCAGCAAUUAUCUCCAACAAGCCAUUAAGCACAUUCUAUCUUCCGUCGCCGUAUCGGUCAAAAACUUUGCUGAACAACUCCACUCCUUCUUUCAACAAUCCCACAUCGACUUUCUCACGCAGAUAGGUAAUAGUGCCACCCAAAUCGGCAAGCAAUUUGGCAAGGAUGAUAACAGCUUCGGCGACAAGAUUCAACAAGCGCUGAAUGGCGUUAGCCAGAAAAUUGAUGAGUUGAAUCCCUUGCUAGUGGAUAACAGUGCCGAGAAAGGCACAAUUUUCAAGAAGCUCGAUGCAAUCGGAGAGCAACUUACUCAGCUCAAUAACAUGUCAAAACCGGCCGAUGAUGGCGACAUUCUCAUGAAGAGGGAAAAAUCGGAGGCUAAAAUGAAUGAGUUGAAAGAGUGUAUCGAAACCCAUCUUAAUCACAUUAAUGCUAAUGUUGGAAUAGCAAACGAUGCUUUAACCAUCUCCAUAAAUACCGUUAUCGAUAAAGUUAAAGAAGCUGAGAACGAGAUAACUAAACAAAUCCGCGCUCUCUUCGCCGAGCAGCAUAUCGCGGACCUGUCGGCGCUGCAUACGCUGGUUGAGCGAAAAUUGGCGGAGGUGAGGAAAAUAAUUGAUGAAGAUAAAGUGACCGGAAUAAAAGGCCUAUUAAAAAGCGUAAAUGGUAUGCUGUUUGGUAUAAAUAAAGAAGGUAUGCCUCAAUUUAAUGAGUCCACCAGUGAGACUCUGCUUACUAAGCUCAAAGGGGCUGUGCCUGCAACAACUCCAAAAAAGGCGCCGACAAAACAAGAGCUUUCAGGUUUCUCCGACCAACUCAAAUCAUAUCUCGAUAAUUUACUGGCGUAUACUGAACUCCAAGUUAAGUUCGAAGGGGAUCAUAGAUCCCCUACCAAGGAGUCCCAGAUGGUGUCGAGUAUUAACACCAGACUGGACAAAUUACUGAACUAUCUCAAAUAUCAUGAUCCCGAUAGAAAGUAUAUUUUUGACCACAAUUCCACCAAAUACCUUACCGAAUUGAAUGAAUCCAUCUCCGCCCUCUCCCCCUCCAACUUCCACGGCUUCCACAACCCGCUGCUCCUCGACGCCCUCAAGGCCGGCAUGACGCAAUUCACCGAGCAACUCUCCCACGCGUACGUGAAUAAGUAUAGCGGUUCUAAGCCUACAGAGGAGUGGGUGGAAACUAAAAAGGCAGACUCCACGACCUCACAAGUCCUUUCCACCGAGGGCCGCAACUGCGCCAAGGUCUGCCUGACCAUACUGGACUCCCUGGUUUAUGAGUUGGAUGGGCUGCAGAAAGGAUCUAAUAUGCAUAGCACCAAACAAAUUAAUUUAGCCAAUGGCAAUAAACUCGGCGAGUUUUUCAAAAGAAGCGGUUACAAAGUUGCCACCGGGGAGAACAAGCAGGACGGUGAAUUACGAAGGUCUGAUCAGAUGCAGGGUUCACAUAUACAUACUAGGAUUACGCAAGAAAUAACCGGCGCAAAGAGCAUUCCAGGCCUCAUGAAAUGGAAGGAAGAACAGAAUGCGAAGCAGAAAGUUAAGCCCCCGGUCAAGGAUAUUAGCAUUAACGUCAUCGACAUUGUUGACUACCUUAUCGAACACCUUGUUAGAUAUUACAAGGUGUCUCACUACAUCCCUCAGAAAACACGGCCACCGACGACAGUAUACGAGAUGCUCCAGUGGGUCACCGGACUAAAGUACAAUCACGUGUACGACGGAGUUAAGAACCACAUUAAGACAUUGUUCCCUAAGCCUAAAGAACUCAAAGAUAAACCAUAUUCCGACAUUCCCACUAGCCAAUUAACUCUUGCCGCAACCACCGAAAUUAGGUAUGACGACUUGACCGAUGUACUUAGCAAAGUUUGCUCGAGAUCCAGAAGCACACUUAAAACAAUCCUUGGCCAUGGUCAUCCCGAUGGCCGGUACGCUGUCGAGUUCAAUACAAACACAGAUAAUUUAUCGUAUCCUAGUAGUCCAGCACAGUGCUUUGAUACACUUGUAGAUGUAUUGAACAGAAUUUACAAUCAACUCCGUUUCUUAUAUGCUCAGUGUCAGAAUGGCCGUAGUCGGGGCGGAUGGGAAGAGUGCCAUUACGGCAGGUACAUCGGUGGUUCAUCGUGGACCUGCAACUCUAUCCAAUGUCCCGACCAAGACUGUGACCAAAAGCACAACCAAACAUGUAACCACAACGCUGACCAAAAGGUAAACCAACAUUACGAGUGCGGUAUUAAAUCACCACUUCAAUCGUUCCUCGAAGAUGGUCUCCCUGGCUUCCUGCCGCAUCGACUCACUAAAGUUGGAUGCGGAGUGAAGUGUUCCCUUGGUAAUCACUUUGGUAAACCAUGCCUCACUCCCAUGGGUUUUGCUGACAUUGGUAUUGCUGCUUCGCGUACGCGAACCGGCAAGCAUCUUUUUAGCGCACUUUACCGUCUCUGCGGUAGGCCUGAGUCUCCCCUCACCAGGAUUUGUAGUAUGCUAUGCUGCCUACUUCGACGCGCACCUCAAACCCUGGGUGACAUGUUAGCGUUCUACCAUUAUUACCUUUCCGCCUGGGAGGGCACUAGGAAAGACCAUAAGAGCGUUGCAUUUGAUAAAGCCGUGAGCGACGCCAACUUCGGAAAUGUCGAAACAAAAUUAGUUGUUGUGUCCAUACAAGGCAGCAAGAAUCAUUCCGACCAACAUUCCCAAGGUGACCUGUUCAGCCUCAUAUCAUGUGAUUCUAAGAAAGAUUCCGGCAUACCCUGUGGACCGUAUUUAGGGUCAAUCAGCGAAGACAUCAGGUCGGUAUAUUCUAAGGAGCGUGCCGGCAACUAUCUGUCUUGGGUUGUAUAUAUAACGGAGACAUUUUAUGACUUACUUAAACAACUAUGUGAACAGUGUUGUAAUAAAUGCAAUAAGCACGGCGUCAACUGCCGUGGUAAGAAAUGUGGUAAGGACUGCACAGUAAAGUAUACUGAUGGAGAAGACAUCAAGCAACUUAAAAAUCUGAAGCACUCUGAUGACUGUCAUUCAAUUGUAAAAUGCCCCGCUACUCAUCCAACGCUGUUCACAUAUGGCUUCACAUUUGGAAGCCCUCAUCAACUGUACGGUGGAAAUGGAGAAAAGAAGCAACGCACGUGUCAAGAUUUCUGCCAAGCAUUGCAAAGAGUAUGUUCAGACAGCUCACUCCUCGCUCGAUUGGUACAUGAAUACAUACCUAAAUUCCUGUGGGAAAUUAGAAAGAAAUUCUCCUACCUCUUAUUAGCCCUCUGGUCGCUCUCGCUCCUGUACCUGCUGCACAUCGCCGUCGUCCGCCUCGACGUCCUCAGGAUACGCUCCCACCUGCGAUCACCCGCAAGCCACCGCAUCGCCGCGCAGUCCCUCCUCGCCGCCGCACGCGUCAAGGCACUCGCCAACGUCAAGUACUUCUCACCAUAA